AUGCGUAUUUUGCAAGCGAACCCACACUGGCUUGAAUUGGCCAAUGUGAAUCAGCAGCUUCUCGAGUCGAAGCAGCGUGAAGCAGAAACCAACAACAAACUCACACAGGCUAUGUCUAUGGUACAGUCGGCGCUUCCGCGAGGCCAGUACGAUUACGAGAUUGCUGGUUCCUCUUAUCCAGGUCCUGGUGAUAUGCGAACAUUCGGCGGCCCGCCAUCUGGCGCUCCGUCAUGGCAGGGCCACAACCCUCAGCAGUUUCAACCUGCCUAG